AUAUCGUAUCUUUCAAAAAAUACAUAUGGAUGACGUAGUACCGUAAACAUAUUUUGAAAAAAAGAUUUGACCUUUCCACCGAUUAGCUUCGUUAGAUCUUUCCACGUCAAAAGUGAAAGUACAUGUGAAUCUGUAGUUAUUUGUGAUACGAAGGUUACGUUUGGUCGUCCUCUUAGAUAAAAUGGAAAUGGCUUUUGCUAAAUAUCAGAAUCUCGAACAAAAAAUGUUGGAAAAUUUGAAGAUAAAUGGCAUAAAGCAUCGAUCGAAAGCAAGCGGCGGAUUAUGGCUUGGAAGUUUAAUCGGAUUCAGUGCAGUCUUAACGUUGUUGAAAGAAAGUAAUAGUUAUUCGGAAAUAUGUUUGGUCACGGGAUUAGCAGGUUUUGGGUUACUCGUUAGUUGUUUAUGUCUUUACAUUCGCCUUUGUAUAGGAAAGAGCGCGAUUAAAGAUUUUCAAGCAAUUUACUUUCUACCAGCGAUUGUAACGUCCGUGUUAUAUCUUCUUAUAGCGAACAAAGGAUUGCUGACGAGUUUAAUAUGGGGAUUAAGCGUAGGAAGCUUGGGUACCUGGGGAGUCGUACAACUGAUGUGGUAUUGCCCUGGUUGUUUUACAAUCGGAGAGGCAACGAUUGUUACCCAUGGAAAUAUCUUGUUCCUACUGUCGGUUGCUACGAAUAUACCAUUGAGGUAUCAUUUGCCACCAAUUCAUAAUGAUGAUAUCGUCACCGUCAUAUUACAGAUUGGUAUAUUAUACGUGUUAUCGGUCUGUUUAUUAUGUAAAAACUUUUCUAUACUACGUUCUUCUCUGUGCUUUUAUACGAUGGUAUUUGGCAUUUUUUUUCUACUCAUUGUUCCAUUAUUAUAUGUCCUCCUUGACAGAAAUCCUAUAAUAUGGAUAUUAUUUUAUAUCUCUGGCGAACGGCAUAGAAUUACAUUGAUGAUAUAUUGGACAAUUUGUUUAUUAUUUUGCAUAUUUGUUAUAACACUUCAAACGCUAUCUGGCAUUCAAGCUACAACCUCCAUCAGAAAAUACUUUCAUGUCCUAGCCGUUCUCGUUUAUAUCCCUGGACUUUUGUUUGAGCCUACAUUAUUGUAUCUUGGAAGUGGCGUUAUAAUGGGAAUAUUUCUACUGUUGGAGUUAUCAAGGAUUUUGAAAAUAUCACCUUUAGGAGAUAUUCUACAGAAAGGAUUCGUUAUAUUUGUGGAUGAGAAAGAUACUUUAAUCUCUCUGACGCCAUUGUAUUUACUCUGUGGUCUUUCAUUUCCGCUGUGGAUGCCAACUAGUAAUGUUUCACUGUUUGUCCUUCUUAGCGGGGUAUUAACAGUAGGCAUAGGCGAUACGGCUGCUAGUUUUGUUGGUAGUAAAUGGGGAAAGCAUAAAUGGCCAGGUUUAGAAAAAUCUUUGGAGGGAACACUUGGCUGUGUUACUAGCCAACUUGGAACAAUAUCGGUUCUUGUUUACAUGCGAUAUAUCAAUGAUCGAUGGUUGUUAUUAAGAAGUAUACCGUCCGUUAUUGCAAUUUCUUUUAUCGAAACAAAAACCGAUCAAAUCGAUAACUUGGUUUUGCCAUUGUUGAUGUAUGUAUGUCUUAUCAUCUAGAUGCAGUACAUUUUUUACUGUAGAAGGUAACAUAUAUAUAUAUAUAUAUAUACAUAUAUACAUACUCGAAGUUUUAUUAGGAUAUAAAUUAAAUUUACAGCACAUUCGAUGAGUUCUCGUUAAAUGAUAUUCACUAAUAGAGAACAAAUUUUAUAUGCGCCAUAUUUAUUUGCAAAUUAUAGUACUAUAUGUUGUACAUAUUUAUAUAGAAUUGAAAUACCUGAUGAACGAACAAUUUGUGUAAAAAAAAUAUUACAAUUGCAUAGAGAUAUUAUUAAAUUACAUAAUUUAAAUAGUAUUUAAUUUAAUAAUGUUCAUAUAUACAUUUUAUACUAUAGUUACAAUCGUUACAAGCUUUUGUACAAUAGCUCAAUGUAUUAUUUUUGAACAAAUUUUCAUAACUUGUUUUUCAUAUACCGUAUCCUUUUAACGUUCCUUUUGAUUUGUAAAUCCGUACAUAUACCACAGAAAAAUAUCAUCGGAAUACAUCUUCAUUUUGAAGUUGAUUUACGAUCGUUCUCUUUGAUAGUCCUUUAUCGACCGAUGAAUAUCUCUAAAAAAUUAUUUUUUGUAUAAUUUUCUACAUUAAUAUACCUCUCAUUAAAUUAUAAGCGCAAUAAUCCAAUGUGCUAUAAUAUGAUUUAACAGGGAUCGAUAGAUAGCGGGAACUAUCAAUGCAUAAUUAUCAAGAGCAAUACGUAAUAUACAUGUAGUAAUAAGAAAUUAUGUUUAUCACGAUAUUUUGUCCAAGUAUUGUCGUGCUUUUUUUUCUUUUAAUUAUCAGCAAUGAUUUUUAAUUUCGAUUGUUUAAAUUCGACUUGUCGAUAAUGCGUUAGUUGUAUUAAAAUAUUAUGACAAGGGCCAUUAAUAAAAAGAUUUUUUUUCCGACGCCGCAGAAAGACGCGACUUCGAGGAAAUUAUAAAUUUGUUAGAAGGGAAAGGAGGAGGAGGAGGAGGAGGAGGGAAAAAGUGAUUAGACGAUCGCGUUUUAAUUUAUUUUUUAUUGACCACACAGCCUUAAAAUCUUUCCACGGACAGCAUGUCGUUACGCUUCGUGUCUUCUCGCAUAUAAUACUAUUCUCCGAGGAGAAGGAAAAAAGCACCGUUUCUUUUUAUUACGUCCAUCUGAAUAUUACGGAAAGAGUACGCGAUAAAGCGAUAUUAAUUCGACGACGAUACUCGUUCUUGCUAAAUUUCUUCUUGUUAAAUUUAUGUUCUUUCCCGCACAUCGCACCGAAUAAUUUCAUAUUAGAUAUCCGCGAGCGAUGCGUUGUCAAUUUCUUUUUUCUUUUUUUUUUUUUUUUGAAAGGAAACAAAGUGGUACAGAUUUAGAAAAUGAAAAUUGACGGAAACGAUGCUUUUUCGGUUAUUCCGCGAGAACGUUUCAAUAUGUUACAGUGGAUCCGUUGUUCUCCAAGAAACAGCGAGACUUAUCGAUCGAUCGAAAUUUUUUUGAAGGACGAUUUUACGAUGCGAACACGUCGUAAAUAAUCGUCGAAUCGUCUUUUGCAAAGUUCGAAGUUCACGGAGAACGACGGAUGAAUGUCAGAGGCGUUUUAACUACCUACCAACUACUUAUUAUGUAUAGUCCUUUUUCUUAUAUCCUUAUAUUCAUAUAAUCGUAUAGCAAUUAAAUAAAUAAUCCUGAAAUGUUCGAUCGUA